AAAUAAAGCACCAAGAGAGGUCUUUAAAAUAGUUUUGAUUCUUUAUAUGAAUGUUAUGAAUAUUCCCCUUUAGUCAGGUGGAACACUUGUCUCAUCAAAGAAUAAAUGCAACCAUAACACAUCAUUUGGCUCUGCCAUGAAAAAUAUUUACGUAGUUAUACUAAUGUAAAUGUUGCCUUCUGACUUCCAGCUUUUGCCUGGAAGACUUGACUAUGGUUACAACUCAUAAUUUAUAUGUUUUCAGUAUUGACAACAUAAAAAUCAAGGUACAGCUUUCCAAAGUUUAGUAAGGUGCAUGGGUAUGAAAGAUAAGUAGAGUCUGAAGUUGAUGGAAUAAGAAAUAUAGAGUUAAGUAUGCCAUUUAAAAGCAGAAAAACAAUUAAUUGAAGAACUAAAUGAAUCAUCAAAAAAUCAGGGAAAGGAAGAGAGAAUAGUGGGGAGAAUGUCAAGAUAAAAUGACAUCUUUCAUAGUAGAGAGUCAAAAGAUACCUUAAACUAAUAAAACUGGUACAUAGAUGUAUAACCAAGCAGCAUAUUAUUUAGAGGCAUAGAAGUAUGAACCACCAGAAGAGUUACAACUAAACCUGAAGGUGGGAAAACUUAGGGUAAGAGAUCUCUGCUUUUUAUUAUAUGUUUUCUUGUGCUCUACUAUUUUAAUUAUUUUUCUCACAUUCAUGAAGAAACAUAUCCUUAUCUAUAUAGCAGCCUCAAAAAGUUAUCUCUUUGACAUGCCACGUAAAUUUGCCUAUAGAGAUAGCUGGAGCUGAAAAGACAUGAGCAUCCCAUCCACUAGAAGAUUAUAUUAUUUGUUGAAAAUAAGUCAUUAAAAACUUUAAUGAUUAUAUUACUCACUGCUACUCUCAUCCCAGGUAAGUUCAGUUGACUUGAUGGAACGAGAACUCUCCUACCAAAAGAACAAAAUUGAAGUUCUGGAUAUACAAAGCUAGGACCAGAUCUUCACUCCAGUGCCCCAUCAGAGAUGCAGACUCAGACAUCUGGCUGGAGCCUUGACAUCUUUCCUCUCCCUUUUCCACUCUGACAACCAGUAAACUGUGGUGCUUAAGUCCAAUAAAACUCCACAGAGUUGAAUCCAGGUUUCGUCGCUCGGAUCCUAUAAGACAUUCAACAGAGUAGUCUUUUUGCUUUAGUUUUCUCCUCUGUCAUAUAGGAUUGAAAGUAGUUUCUACCAGAUGGGAUUGUUGUGAGGAUCAGAUAUAUGAUAUUUACUACGUUCUCUAGCACAUAGCAGGCACCAAAGAAAUUCUGCGUUUAAUGACGCCUUCCUUGUUACACAAUGAAUGAACAAAAGCAGGAGCCAUGUGAGAUUUAUCCUACAGUCCUUAAUAUCUACCAGAUUGAGAGAUUGUAAGUGGUCAAUAAGUGAACCCGGAAUAAACUAACGAGUGGGUGAGUGAGUAGAUGGAUAGAAAGAAGAUGGCAAGGGAAAGAACUUAAAGGGAAAAAAAAACUCUUUUGGAAACUUGGGGCAUCCAUGCAAGAAAAGAUGGUUCCUAAAAACUAUCCCAGAAUAAAUUUGAGCAUUAUUUGAUCCUAGCACUUGCUCUUUGCAGGUGAUGUGGAUCGUGUUUUAUGGUCAAGAGAAACAGAACAGAAGUAACUGAAUUUGUUUUAUUGGGCCUGUCCAGCUGGCCAGAGAUGCAGCCAGUUAUUUUUGGGAUUGUCCGUGCCAUGUACCUGGUGGCACUUAUGGGCAAUGCCCUGUUAGUUAUUGUUGCUCUCUCAGACUCCAAGCUUCAGACCCCCAUGUAUUUCCUGCUCAGCCAGCUCUCCUUUAUUGAUAUAUUUCUGACAACCAUCACUGUUCCCCAGAUGCUGAUACACAUGCUGUCUGUGAAUAGAACCAUCUCCUUUAACUGCUGCAUGAUCCAGCUGUUAUUUUUCAUGGCUGUGGGCAGCAUGGAAGGCCACUUGUUGGCUGCCAUGGCUUAUGACCGCUAUGUUGCCGUCUGUGACCCCUUAAGAUACUCUGCCAUCAUCAGCCGUCGCCUCUGUCUACGCAUAACCUUGACCUCAUGGGUGGUUGUCAGCCUCAACAGCCUCCUUUAUAGUGUGCUGGUCACCCACUUAACCUUCUGUGGCAACCAGGUCACCCACUUCUGUGACAUCACACCCUUGCUGAAGCUCUCCUGCACCCGACCAGUGGUCAAUGAAAUGCUAAUAUUUACUGAGGGUGUAGCUGUGGUGGUCAGCCCCUUCUUCUUCAUUUUAAGUUCCUAUGCCUGCAUUGGUGUUGCCAUAGCCUGCAUGCAUUCAGUUGCUGCCCUGCACAAAGCCCUGUCCACUUGUAGCUCCCAUAUCCUGGUUGUGCUGCUCCUGUAUGGCUCUGUGAUCCACAUGUACCUCCGGCCAUCUUCCAGCUAUGACUUGGACCAGGAUCACCAGGUCGCCAUCUUUUACACAGUAGUUACCCCUAUGCUAAACCCACUGAUCUACAGCCCGAGGAACCAAGAGGUUAAGGGAGCUCUGUGGAGGCUUUUCAGGAAACUCCGCAUCUCAGGGAACUUCCAACCCAGUUCUCAGGCAAACAGAGAUUGACAGCACAUCUCCUGACCCAAGGAAUUAAGAUCUAACUUGAAAAUGCCUCAAGUAGAUGGGUUACACUCCUAAUAAUUGGUAUGGUUCACAUUCCUGUGGAAUAAUCUUCCCUGUUGGCUCCCUCUUGUUUGGAUUUGAGAAGAAGUGUGUUCAUGAAUAAAUAGUUCUGGUCUCCGCUGAGUGACCUAGAAUCUCACUGCACUGGAACUGAAAAGAUAUUUUUAAAUCACCAAACCUGAACCUCUCAUUUUUCAGAUCUAAUAUGGGGCAUAGGAUAUUACUAAGCCAAAUUAUUACCAAUCAGUAUGGCUUGCAGAACUGUGAUCAUUUUAAUGAUGGUGUGGCAUGUACUGUUUUCCAGAGAGAAAUCAAAGGGAGUUACAAAACCAUUAUACAGAAGCAUGAUUUUUGAGGAAACCAUAAAGUAGCCUAAACCUCUCUUAAAAUUGUAAUAAUUUUAUAGUCUCCUGUCAUUUUCAACUCACAGUAAUAAUAAGCAGUUCAAUACUUACAGUGACUGAAUCAUUCCAUCUGAGCUUUUGUGUCACUCCAUAAAUGGAGUGAUAAUAGAGACUGAAGGAGAGAAUCUCCACAGUGGCUCUAACACCAGGAGCGGGUAGUCAGAUUUGGGACAUAUGGUAAGUAGAGCUUUGUAGACACAUUGAUAGACUAGAUGUAAUAUGCAAAGGAAAAAGAAGAAUCAAGGAUGGAUUGUGAAAAUGGGUGGAAGUAGUGCGCCAUUUCUUUUUAUGUGGAAGGUUCUGUGAAAGUGGACAGAAAGCAGAUUUGGUUACAGGGGGAGAAAUUGAUAACUUUGGCCAUGUUAAUUUCGUGAUAUCUUUCCAAGUUAAAAUAUUUCAUAGGCGGUUGAAUACAUAAUUCUUGAGGCUCAUGGAGAGGUUUUGUCUUGAGAUAGAAAAGUCACAACAAAAUGUAGAUGAUAUUUGAAACCAUGGGGCUGAAUAAAAUCACCUGUUAAGAGAGAAUAAUAAAGAGAAGAUAACUAUGGACAGAGCCCUGAAAUGGGUGCAUAGUCCAACAUUUAGAGGUCUAGGAGAGGAGGUAGCAAAGCAAACCAAAAAGUGGCCAUUAGUAGGAAGAAAGCAGGUAAAUUUGGUAUGUCAGAAUCCUGAAAAAGAGUAUUUCCAGAAUAUAGGAGUAGUCACUCUCUCAAAGGUAGUUGAGAGGUCGUUAAUGAGAACAGAUAAUUGAUUAUUAGAUUUGGAAAGAUAUAAAUUAUUGGAAACUUUGAUAAUUGAUUAUUAGAUUUGGCAAGAUAUAGAUUAUUGGAAAAUUUGAUAAAAGAUGUUAAAGGAAAUGUUAGGGGAAAAAUUUCAAUUACAGCCAUUUUAUGAUAAAAUUGCAAGAGAGGAAGUGGAGGCCAGGACAAUAGACACAUCUAAGAUAUAGUUUUCUGAGGAGGUAGACAAAAAUUGGUGCGUAACUUGAGGAGGACAUGAGUCGAGAGAGAAUUUCUUCUAAUUUUUGUAAAGACUAAUGACAUUAAGCGUGUUGAUUUGCUAAUAGAAAUAUCCAAUAUAUAAUUAAAAAUUAAUGAUUGAAGAGAGAAAGUAAUUAAUUAAGAAUAAAGUCCUUGAAAGGAGAUGCACAUCCAUUAAGGUGAUGAUUUUAUUUAGAAAAUGAGCCACUUCUUCCCCUGUAACAAAAAGGAAGUCAGAGUAUGUGGAUUCAGAUGUAGAUGGGCUGGUAGAUUUGAUGGUGGGAAGAUGACAUACUUGAAGAGACUUCAGCUGACAGUGGUGUGAGCAGGAUUAUUUUAGAGAAUCAUAAAAAAGAAAAUAUGUAAAAUAUGCUAGAGUUUGGGAAAGUGAAGUACUAGGAAAUGUUAUGGAAAGCCACAACUCUGCCAAUAUUGAGUGCCCAUUUGGGUAUUUUAUUCUCAAGCUUAAUGUUCGUUAAAUCAUGGUUGAGUGAUAUUCUCCAACAAUAGUCAGGUAAUCAAGUACAGUAAUGAAUAAGCAAAAUGUUGGGUUUACCAAGGGCUGGGAUUUUGCCAGUAGAGCAAAAGGAGGCAAAAGAAUUAAGGGUGUUUACAAGAAGGUGGUUAUAAUUCUGGACCAUAAACUGUAUUAUUUUUAAGGUGGGUAGGAAGGGCAUAAAUUGUGUGAUAAAUAAUGAAAAACAAUUUGAAGGGAUAAUGGAUCUCAGUGGUGUCAGAGAAUUGUUGGAAUUGGAGAACUAAAUUAAAUACAGUGAAAGAAUGGAAACUAAUAGGAAGUGAGAUGUUUAAAACUGAGAUUUCACCAGUGGUGCAAUUAUUUGUAAUGGCAAAGUCUAAAGAUAUGACCAUAUGAAUGGGUGGCUGAGAUGGGGUGAAGUAAAAGAUUGUUGGAGCUAAACAGGUUAGGAACUGAGAAGCCAAGUUGUUAGUUAGAUAAACCAUUUAUAUGGAUAUUGGAAUUUCCAAUAAGUGAUAAUUUAAUUGUGGUGGAGAGAGUUAGAGAAUUAGAUGCUGAAGUCAUCAAGGAGUAAAGGAGAAACACCAGAAAAAUUUUUUCCUUAUUUUUUAAAGAAAAAUUGUAUAUAUUUAAAGUGUGCAAC